UGUCUGGGGCUGGGACACCUUAAAGCGGAUUGCAACGAGGCCGAGCGCUGCUUUCGUUGCUGGUACCCCGGUCAUCUCGGCCGGGACUGCGACUUCGGUCAAGGCGGGUUCGAGAAGAAAAAGCGGGCGGUGUCACCCGACGUUGCCAAGGAAGGAGAACACCGCGCGAAGCGGCUCACCGCAGCCCCGGAGCAGGCGAGCACCAAAUCCUCCCACCAGAUGGAAGACCUUGGCUCCCGUGACCCCUUCCUCCGUCCGGUCUCCGGGCAGUGCACGCUUUCCUGGGAGGUUUUUCCAUUUAUGCCAUUAAAAAAAAAAAGAUGGUGCCUCUUUGUGCCACUAAAAAAUCUGCCUCCCUCUGCCAUCGUGGAACUUAUCACGUCCUCCAAACCAUUCUUUCAUUAUUCUGUUAGGAUUUAACCAUUUAGAAGCUCUGACACGUGGGCCUGGGUAGAAAAAAUAUCCAUCUUACCCUUUCAGCUUGCUCUCUAAUUAAAAUGUUCAAUGUUCAUUCACAGGUGUUGAAACUAAAUUUCACCGAGUAAAAGUUAGCACAAAGGAAUCGAGUAAAAAGUAGCCCAUACAAAUCACCAGUUCAGUGCAACACUAGCAUCGAAAUUACCACAGUGAUUAAGGAGGAAACAACUAAUUAAUCGCUAGUUCCGGCCACUGACACACGUGACGCAGAGACCGACCAUGGGCAAGAACGCGAGCCGCCCCGCCGUCGUCCUUGUCGUGCUACUGCUGCUGACGCUCCGGUAGCUGGAGGCCGACGUGGUCUCCUCGUGCUCCGGCGUGAUCUCCGACAUGUCGCCGUGUCAUGCAUGGACUUCCUGCAGGGCGACGAGGACCACCCCUCCGGCGAGUGCUGUGACGAUCUGUCCAGCCUGGCCACCGCCGCGGCCACCACCGAGGACCGGCAGCGGUGAGGCCUUUCUUCUGUGGCUUGGGGGAGGCGGGUUCUUGGCGACGAAGUCCUUGAGGCCGACCUCGCCGCCGGGGAAUCCACCGGUGAGCCUCAUCAUCUCCUUCUCGAACGCGCCCGGAUCCACCCCCUGCGGCGAUGGCGGAGCCUCCGCAAGCUCACCCGACAUAGUGCUUCUGGUGGACGGCGGCGCGGCGAGGGAGUCGGAGGCAAGCUCUUUGUGGAUGCCGACUUUGCCGUUGCAGAGUCCCAGGCCACCGAGGAGGUCGGUGACGCGGAAUGAGGCCGAGGGAUGAGGGAGGCGGACGACACGGUGGUGGUGCGGCAACGGCGACGAUGACGGGCAGAGGAAGGACGAGGGCGAGAAGAAGUCCUGGUAUGGUUGUGGGGCUCGUGGGAUCGCCGGCCGGGGAGGUGGCUGCCGGCGCGCGCCGUUCAGGGAGAGAUGCGCAGGGAGGCGGCAGCUGUUGGGCACAGGGAGAGAGAACGCUGAGAGAUGCGGACGCUCGCACACGAGCAAGCCUCUCAACCCUAAGGGCAUUUUGCUAUGCUGUUAGCCACCGUUAGAGCAAAAACGAACGGAAUGGUAUGGAGGGCGCGAUAAAGUUCGACGAUGGCAUAGAGGGAGGCUCAAACUUUUGAGUGACAUAGAGACAUGCACCAUCUUUUUUAAUGGCACGCAGGUAAAAACCUCCUUUCCUGGACACUGGGGAUGGCGAUGCUAGAGCAAGACCUUCGUGGCUGUGCGCUGGUUUCGUCUAUCAUUUCUGGCCGUCGUGAGGUUUCGCCAGCAAUAGUCGUCGAGCAACUCCGACGCCUCGGCAUCCAGCCAAACAAAGUCCGUGUCGAGAUGGGACUGGCAUGUGGGCUGGAAACUAUUUGUGGUCAAGCUUAUGGAGCAGAACAGUAUCAUAAGCUAUCUUUAUAUAUGUACAGGUCCAUAAUUGUGCUUCUUCUUGUGAGUGUACCCAUCGCGAUCAUAUGGGUUUUCAUCCCAGAGGUACUUCCUCUUAUAGGUCAACAACCAGAAAUAGCAAGUGAAGCUGGGAAGUAUGCACUGUGGCUAAUCCCUGGUUUAUUUGCUUUCACCGUUGCUCAAUGCUUAUCAAAGUUCCUCCAGACUCAAAGCCUAAUCUUUCCUAUGGUUCUAAGCUCAUCGAUAACACUAUCACUCUUCAUUCCUUUGUGUUGGUUCAUGGUUUAUAAAGUUGGGAUGGGUAAUGCUGGAGCUGCUUUAUCAGUUAGUAUCUGUGAUUGGGUUGAAGUGACUGUUCUUGGUCUUUACAUUGUGCUCUCACCUUCUUGUGAGAAAACUCGUGCUCCACUCACAUGGGAAGCUUUUAGAGGGAUUGGCAGUUUUUUGCGGUUGGCUGUACCAUCAGCCCUCAUGAUUUGCCUUGAAUGGUGGUCUUAUGAGCUUCUCGUUCUGCUUUCUGGGAUCCUACCAAAUCCAGCACUUGAAACUUCUGUGCUUUCUAUAUGUAUUUCUACAGUUGUGUUGGUGUACAAUCUCCCUCAUGGUAUUGGAACAGCUGCAAGUGUUCGCGUCUCAAAUGAACUAGGUGCAGGCAACCCAGAAGGUGCCCGAUUGGUAGUAGGGGUUGCUUUAUCUGUUAUACUUUGUUCAGCGGUCCUAGUGAGUGUGACCCUUCUAGCAUUGCGCAACUUCAUCGGAAUUGCUUUCAGCAAUGAGGAAGAAGUCAUAAAUUAUGUGACCAAAAUGGUACCUGUCCUUUCCGUCUCAGUUAUUACAGACAGCCUUCAGGGUGUCCUCUCAGGUGUUUCUAGAGGCUGUGGAUGGCAGCAUUUAGGGGCCUAUGUUAACCUUGGUGCAUUCUAUCUUGUUGGGGUUCCGGUUGCUCUCUUUUUCGGUUUUGCAAUGCAUCUAGGAGGAAUGGGUUUCUGGAUGGGCAUGGUAGCUGGUGGAGCGACACAGGUCACUCUUCUAUCUAUCAUUACUGCAAUGACAAACUGGGGGAAGAUGGCCGAUAAGGCUAGGGACAGAGUAUUUGAGGAAAGGACUGCGACACAGGCAGUCUAAACGCAUUGAGUAACUUAUGUUGGAUUCGAUCUUGUAAAAUUUUCCUGCACUGUACAUGAUUUUUUGAGAGGUGGUUAUGUCCCACGGAUUUGUAACAGAAUGGCAUAUGAAUCCUGUAGCAUCUUAGCUCGAAGAGCUGUUCAAGUUUCAGGAAGACUUGGAAGGUAGAGAUGUUAUAUCUUUUUUGUUGUCCUCUUUAGGAAAGCAUAGGUAAUUUUUGUAUUGAACCAGGAGCAAAGAUAAUUUGGUGAGUUUAAUUUUCGUCGAGUGUAAUGGAAAAAAAAAAUAUAAAAGCUGAACGCAAGAUUCUUUUUCCAUCACAAGUAUACCUGCUGUUUGUAUUAUUGUACUUAC